AUAGAAGUGCGGAAGGUCCAGGCCAAUGUGGAGAAUCAGAUGCUGAUCAUUGCCUCAAAUAGCCAGAAGCACCGGGGGCGGGUAGCCUUUCUCUCGAAACUGAUCCAAACAGUGCGAGAUGAAGUGAACACCUGCUUCUCAGAGAUCAUCCAGGAGGUCAAACAGCUGCAGAUAAAGGUCUUGGAUUUUGUGGAGAAGGAGGAGGCUGCUGCCCUGGGGAAACUGGACAGCUCCAUCCAGCAGAGCCACAAUCGGCUCCUGAAGCUGGAGGGGGACAGUGUCUGGCUUCACACUCUACUCGCCAACCGGAGUGAUGAGCGAUUCCUGCAGGAUUUCCCCAGGCUGAAGCACUUCCCUGACUGUGUGGAGCCCCUGAUGGGCACCAACUGUGAGGAGACACAGAGCUUCCUCCAGCUGCCCGAGACCCUGGCCGAGCUCCGCACCCAGCUGGUGGAUAUAGGUCUCAGCUUCGUCAACCAGCUUCUCCUGAAGGGCAUUAGGAUGAACUCAUACGAGGUGCUACCCCCGACUGCGGACAGGAAAACACUUCUCCAGAGUUACUGCAACCUGAAUUUUGACCCUUCCACGGCCAGUGAGGAGCUGUUCUUGUUCCAGGAGACCCACUCGGUACUGAACUUGGGUAUCCUCCUGGAGCCCUCGGCUUCCAAUGGCCCCAUACAGGGCUUCAAGCAGUGGCCACAGGUGCUGUGUUCCCGAGGCUUGUCUGAGGGCCGCCAUUACUGGGAGGCCGAGGUGUCUAAUUCAUGGAUGUGCCUGGGUGUCACCUACCGCCGCAACCCCCCACUCAGCAGCCGUCAGUGUCGCAACAUUGUCUACCUGCUGGGCCGCAACCCCUACUCGUGGUGCCUGGAGUGGGACUCGCUCAAGUUCUCGGUGUGGCACAACAACACUCAGACUGUGCUGCAUGGCGCCUACCACCGCACACUGGGUGUGGCCCUCGACUGUGGUGCUGGCUGCCUGUCCUUCUAUGGCUUGGCUGGGGGUGUGAGCCUCCUCUACCAUUUUCUCGCCUCCUUCCUGGAGCCACUCUACCCCGCAGUCAUGGUCAGCAGCGGUGCCUCGGUCAUGCUCAAGCAGUGCCCCGAGGCCUAG